AUGGCGCCCAAGAACAUUGUAUUCGUGUCUGUGGGGACACGCGGCGACGUCCAGCCUCUCUGCAUCGUGGGCCAAGCGCUAGAGGCAUUGGGCCAUACCGUGACGUUUGCGGCCGAGCGUCGGCUCGAACCGCUCAUCACGACCGAGUUCGGGUUGGCGUUUCGACCGCUCGAAGGGGACUUUUGUGGGCUGUUGUUCCACGACGACUUCCACGACCGGUUCCGCCAGUCGAACGUGGUGCAGCUGUUGGCGUUGAUGGAUGAGUGGGCGAAUCAGUUUGACAAGGCUGCCAUCUUGGCGUCAUACAUUCCCGCGCUGAAAGGCGCCGAUAUUGUCAUCUCCGGGCACCUGUGCGCGGACGAGUCGUAUGCGGCGGCGGAGUACUUGGGCGCGACGUGGGUGCCCCUCUACCUUGGCGGGUUCAACCUUCCCACGGCCGAGUUUCUACACGGGAUGAUGGAAGGGUUUGUGGGGAGCUGGAUUGGCUUUGUCAACCGAUGGUCGCAUCGGUUCGUGUGGUCCCAAGUGUGGAAAAACAUACGUACGGUUAUCAACAAAUGGCGUGAGACGCAGCUGAAGCUGCCCCCCGUCACAUCACCCUAUGGAGUGCUUGACGCGCUAGUUACCAACGACAACAUCGUGCAAUACCAGGCCUGUUCACUGCUCCUUUCGGGUCCCAAGCAUCAAGUACCCCUGGAUUACACGCCUGGCAAAGUCGUGUACACUGGCUUCGUGUUCCCCACCAAGCCACAACCCGAGCCCGAGUUGUUGAACGCGUUUCUCCACGCUACAUCGGGUCCUGUGAUUUACAUUGGAUUUGGCAGCAUGCCGACGUUGAAACCUCUGGUGCUGCUGCAAUUGGCUAUCGACGUGUGCAAACUGGCCAACUGCCGGUGUGUUCUGGCAACGGGGUGGUCAGCUGUGGAGCAGCCAGGCGUCCAAGAGCUCGCAGCCACCCAUUCCGACAUCGUGUACAUCGAAAACGGAUCCAUCUCACAUCCGUGGUUGUUUCCUCAAAUGAGCUGCAUCUUGCAUCACGCGGGGUUGGGUACUAUUGGCGCGGCGUUGCGGUGUGGAGUGCCCCAACUGCCCUGCCCAGUGGAUAUUGACCAGUUUUUCAAUGCAGUUGUGCUGGUUCGACUGGGGGUGGCCCCUUGCACCGUGAGCAAGGUGCAGAUGGUGUCGGCAGCGUACAGGGAAUGA